UAAAGGCUUGGAUUCAUGAAUUCAUCGGCGAUCCAUCAUCCACAAAGGUCGAACGCUCCGCCAAGUCGCCGCCUCCCUUCUCGGCUUCACCCUCCGUCAGGUGCCAGCACGCAGCACGAUAGCACCGGCAACACUGCAGCACGCCUCGUCAGUCGUCGCCUACUCAAAUCACGCCCGUCGCCCAGUCGCCUGCUCUCCGCGACUCACCCUUCCGCAGUUCGGCCAAUCGACCCUUCUCAAUUUUCACUUCCAACCAUCCGUAGUACCGGUAUUCCUUUAGUCCUAUUUUAUUAUUAGUUCAUUAAUGAGUUAAUUAUAGCUUUUUAUAAAUAUUUAGUUAAAUUACUGAUAUCCUUGUUUGUUGAAACCUAAGCAAACCGAGAAACCCAUUUUGAUUGGUUCAAAUGUGCCAUCAGAACCAUUCAGAAAAAUACGUAGUACUCCGUAUAACAUAUCAAAUCUUUACCAAAGUCCCUAAAAUGGCAGAAAAAAUUAAUGACUUUUGCAAGUCAAAAAUCAUUCCGAAAAUGUUUAUUCAUUUGCUACAUUUUUAGUGCACAAAACAUAUACUUAUAUUUAAAUGUAAUUAUUUUUUAUGCGUAGAUGUACACCUAUACAUUUGUAGUGCUUCGUUGCCACCUAUUUUAGUUAUUGAAGCAUCAUUUUAACGCAAAACUGUCUUUUAGAUAUUGUUACAUAUUUAAAAAUUCCAACCUGGAAGUUUGUUCCAAGAUUUAUGAAGGAUCGAUUUUGAUUUCAUUUUCCAAUCUUCUCAGAUCUUCAUAUUGCAGCUAAGUUCUCUAGAUCUUUCUCCUUUUAUGAUGGAUCCCAUCACACCCAAGGUCUAAAUUUAUUUGUUAAAAAUAACUUAUUUUGCAGACUCUAUCUGACAUUUUUUUCUCACAGUUUAUUGAGCCCAUGUUUGGGAGUAUUUUGCUAGAAUGUUUUUGAGUUGCAUACGUGGGUUUGCUACUAUUUUAUGUAUGAAGAAGAUUUUGGCAAUACGAUUAGUGGGUUUUGUGUUUUUUUUUUAAUUUCAAAGCUCUUUUAUUGAAUAUUCAACACCUCCAGUUUCACCUAACAUCUAUAUCUAAACCAUUUAUUAUAUUUCACAAAUAUUCAAUAUACUUGCCUUUCUAAUUUAUUUUUAAUCAUAGGAUGAAAAAAUGAAAGCAUAUUUAUUAUUGCAUUUGCUGUUACUCUGUAUAAUAGAAAGAGGUUGGCUGAAUGAGGUAAUAUUCGUUCCCUUGGGUCAAGUAAGAUGUUUUAAUUUUAUUUCUAACACUAAUAAUUAGUUCACCUGGUAUUUAAUAUUCCCAGCUGCACCUGCUUUACAAAACUUCACUGUAGAUUCUGUUUAGUACUGUUUUUAAUCAUGGAGUCUAAAAAUAAAAAACUUACUCAUAAGUAUUUUAAUAUUGAUCAAUUCUAUACUUUCUUACACAUACGACAAAUAGAAAAUGUGUGCAAUAUCUAGACUGAUUUAUAGUUUGGACAUUAAGCUAUAACUGCGUUUUUGCUACGAUUUAUUCAAUAACAAAAGGUUGGUUUAAUAAGUUAAGAUUAGUGUCAUUGGUGUUGAUAUUUUUGAACUUCCAAAUUUAACUCACUUGACAUUCAAAAAUCACUCUGAAGUCUUAUAACAUUGAUUUAGAAUUGAGGUAUUAAGAUGUAAGUGCCUAAAAUAAUCUCUAGCUAAGGAUUACUCCUACAUCCAUUUGCAAGACGUGGGCAUAUUCAAUGCUUUGGGGCUCUAUAUAUAGCCUUUGCCAAGUUAUAGCCGUAAGUCAAGUUAUCACCAUCCAUGUUUUACUUCAUUAUAUUAUUAAUUUAUUUGAAAUAAAUUACAUAGUACUACGUACUUCUUACCAUCAACUACUCACAUCAACCCUGAAAACAUACCAAGACUUGAUGAAAAAACUUUUUUGAUAUUCUAAAUAAGCACAAAUUUGUGUAUACCAUUGUUCAAUAAAUCAUGCAUUUUCACCAAAUAAAUAUGUUUUAGAAAUUAAUGUUCUUAAGGAUAGAAAUAUUGAGAGUUUAAAGUGAGGUUCACCAAUCUAGGAUUAAAAAAUAUCUUAUUUAAAAAAAGAUACUGCAAUUUCAAUCAAUCUUGAAUGUAAGUUCAUUCCUGUAUAAAUAAUAUAUACAGUCAUAUACGUCAUAUAUAAUAAGUAUUUGGAAUGCACUUUGACCAAAUUUAAUUAUACCUUAGAUUGUUAGAAAUUAAAAAUAGUUCUCAAUAAUUUCAAAUGUACAUUUGUAAGGUCAGAAAUAAUAAAAGUUUAAUUUCCAAAGUUGUAGAAAAUAAGAAAAAACUUUCCACUGGGCCUGGUCAUAUUUAUCUGGUGACCUUAUGAUGGGCGUAGAACUUGAAAAAUAGAAUGUUGUUCAGUCUCAAAAACCAUCUAUGAAAAUGUGCACGCGAUUGAUGUGUUCCCUUCACAAAAGAAAAGAAAUAAAAGUUGGUCCCUAAUAAGAUUUUUUGUUAUAGUUCAACGAACAAAAGCAAGUGAUAAGUCUGAUAACAUUGCUUUGGUCAAAUUCUAUUUCAAAGAAAAUAUAAUGUAUUGAUAUUGAAUAAUCAGAAGAGGGGAAUAAAUAAUCGAUAGUCGUUUUAAUUCCCUAGCAGAUGCAUUUUUUCUGAGUAUUGAUGAUGGCCUUCAUUUUUCCAUCAUUUGCAAUGGAGCCAAAGUUUCACUAUUUUUUGGCUUGAGAAUAUGAUGGAAUAAAUCAAAAUGGCUCACUAAAGUGUUUGCUCUUCUUUGUUAUGAAGCAACAGUCGAGUCGGUCUAUGCAAUUUUGGACGCGAUUUUCCCCAUUGGUCAUCCGGAAACUGUCUCUCUAUUGUGAUUUAGUACAGGGGAGUCUUGCGGAUAGAUGACAUCUGGGCCAAUCAUAGUUUUGAAUUCCCUCUCUCUUCAGUUUAGCUUACGCAGCUAAAGAAUACGGAGUAAUAGAAUCAGGGCAAAGGAUAAAGAAAGAAAAGCAGAAGACACCGCAUACACAAUCGGCUACGACGGUGCUUGAAGAAUGCCGAGUGGCAGCAUUUUCCGGCAGGCUCGAGGGAGAUCAGCGUUUCCACAUCCGUUGCAAUUAGGGGCGCUUUUGAUGAUACUCGUUCCAAAUUUCUUCCCCAGCCUCUUCUCUCCGCUGGGCCGAACGUACACUUCCCUGUUUUCCUAAAUCAGUAAUUGCAUUUACUAAACGGAGCAACUGUAGGAAUGGAAUGCUCCAAAGCCCAUGCACUUGCAUUUACUGAAUGGAGCAAUACAACACCACACAAUUUCCGAUGAACAAAAAUCUGAUAUGUGGUCUCCCUUGCCUAAUCAAGGGCGGAAACCCUGUUCUACAACACAGAACAACCAACUUUUGCGAAGGAAGUCUCAGGCAUAUGUACAAGUGUUUCUUGAUGGGGGUUUGAACCAACAGAGAAUGGGGCUGCUGGAACUCAUAUGGUUUUCUUAUACUUCCCUAUAUAUUGUCCAUAGAUUUGUGAUGCGGUAGCUGUGGCCAAAAUUUUAAAUGCAACCCUCAUAAUUCCAUACCUGGAAAUAAAUCCAGUAUGGCAAGAUAUAAGUGCAUUUGAGGAUAUAUUUGAUAUCAAUCAUUUUAUCCACGCAUUGAGGGAUGAUGUCACCAUAAUUAAAGAGCUCCCAAGUGACUUAUCUUGGAGCACCAGGGAGUACUAUGCAACGGGCAUACGAGACACUAGAAUUAAGACAGCACCAGUGCAUGCUUCUGCUACUUGGUAUCUUGAAAAUGUUUUGCCAGUAAUGCAGAGACAUGGUAUUGUUGCUGUAGCUCCGUUCUCUCAUCGGUUAGCAUUUGAUGGUCUGCCUUCUGAAAUUCAGCAUCUGCGUUGUAAAGUCAACUUUCAGGCACUGGUUUAUGUUCCACAUAUCAGGACUUUAGGAGAUUUACUUGCCAGCCGUUUGAGAAGCAGCCCUCAUAUCAUGGAUGGAACGUCAACCUCCAUAUUUGAAAGAGGAGACAAUUACAUACCCGGAGUUGGAAAAUAUGUUGUUUUGCAUCUUCGUUUUGACAAAGUAUGACUCCUGUACCUUGCUGGCUUCUCAUUUCUCAACCACAAAAAUGGAGGAUAUGGCAGCUCACUCAGCUUGUGACUUCGGCGGAGGUAAAGCUGAGAAGCUUGCUCUAGCAAAAUAUCGCCAAUUGAUUUGGCAAGGAAGGGUUGUUAAAUCUCAGUUCACUGAUGAGGAAUUAAGAAACCAAGGUCGGUGCCCAUUGACUCCUGAAGAGAUUGGACUCCUGUUGGCUGCCUUGGGUUUCAACAAUAGUACACGCCUUUAUCUUGCUUCCCACAAGGUUUAUGGGGGAGAAGCAAGGAUCUCAGCACUUCGACAGUUGUUCCCACUAAUGCAGGAUAAAAGAAGCCUUGCAUCUUCAGAGGAAUUGGCUGGGGUUGAAGGAAAAGCUUCUUUAUUAGCUGCCUUGGAUUAUCAUGUGAGCUUGCACAGUGACAUAUUCAUCUCUGCUUCUCCAGGCAACAUGCACAAUGCACUGGUGGGGCAUCGUGCAUUCAAGAACCUGAAGACCAUCAGACCGAACAUGAAACUUUUGGGCAAGCUGUUCCUAAAUAAGAGCUUGGGAUGGGCAGAGUUCCAGCAAGCCGUGCUGCAGGGUCACAGGAAUAGACAAGGGCAACUCCAGUUCCGCAAACAAAACCAAUCAAUAUACACCUAUCCUGCUCCUGAUUGUCUAUGUCCAGCUCCUGCUUAAACAAACAACAAUCCCUUAUUUUCCUUUGCCGGAUAACACUGCUCCGAGCAUUGUAUAUUGAAACUGUGUGUGUGUGUAGUUCUAUGAAGUUGCUCUGAGGUUUUGCCUUUCAAUUUAAGUAUUUAACAAUGUUUUCUACAAACAUUGUAGAAAGGACGCAUUUUGAAGAAAGCACUACAAUUGCAGCAAUUGAAUUGCUUAAGGGAUGAUAUUCGUAUUUUCUGAUAUUGUAAAACUACUGAAUAUAUACGUACAGACUACUACUAAUGGGGGAUGAUUAUGCUAUUGAACUCAUGCAAACAAAGGUACGA